CCCCGGGACCCUGGGACCCGACUUUCUUGUAAGGGCCGGGGCUGAGUGUGGACCAGUGGUCAGGACCCGGGGUCGGGUUAGUCAGUCUCCCCUAGGUCAUCCCGAGCCAGAGGGCUCUCGGUUACCCCGAGUGAUAGGGCACGCUAGCCCGGAGGCUGUACCUCCAUAGAGAGCGGGAUAAAGGGGGUACCCUGUUACAUUGUUAUCCAUAAAAGUAUUGCCUCCAAGUUACGCCGCAAGUCUGGAACCCACUACACAUUUACCUGCGGCGUAUCCACUGGCUUCGUGUGCACGCUUUUGUUCCAGGCUGGGGCACAAUAUUCUGCGGCAAAGAAGACCCGGCGCUGUGCUGUGCUGGCCGUCCGGAGCGUCAUUGAGUUUGCUCCAACAUGUUGUUCCGGCCGGAUUUGAAGCACCGAGAUUAACUCGUGCGAUUUUCUUUUUUACAGAAACAUUGUUCUCCUCUCGAGAGUUGCACCCGAGGUAUUUCGGGCUACUUGUGCUGGACCUCUUCGCCACAGAAAGUGAUGGCCAGUUUUCUGUCCGGCGUUUGCACUGUUCAGGAGGCGCGAGGCACAGUGGAGCACGCGCUGCAGAACCGUCUCUACAACCACAUCCAGCCAGCCAGCUGUCUCAUAGCCGGCAGUGACUACGCAAUGUUCAAGGAGGGGGUGACUCCAAUGUGGGAAGACCCUGCGAACCUAGCUGGUGGACGAUGGUUGAUCUCACUCACAAAGCAGCAGCGCUACCUGGACCUGGAUGCCCUGUGGCUGGAGACGCUGCUGAUGCUGGUUGGUGAGGCGCUCACCCCGUACGGUGAGCAGGUGUGUGGUGCGGUGGUGAGCGUGAGACGCAAGGGAGACCGCAUCGCCCUGUGGACCUCGAACGCUGACAGCAGCGAUGCCGUCAUCACCAUCGGGCGUGUGUACAAGCGCAGGCUGGGCUUGCCUGCCGACACGCUCAUCGCUUACCAGGCGCACGGAGACAGCAUGGUGAAGAGCGGACAGCCCUCGGCGGACAGCACCCGGCAGUCAUCGGCUUGGUCGGACAGGGAGAGAGCAGGGGACGGAGAGACAGCGGCACCAGCUGGAGGAGACACGGGGUGGUGAGACACGGGGAGAGUGAGACGCGAGGAGAGAGGGAUACAGGGAGAGAGACACGGGGUGAUGAGACACGGGGAGAGUGAGACGCGAGGAGAGAGGGACACGUGGAGAGAGAGACACGGGGAGAGAGAGACACGAGGAGAGAGGGA